AUAUCAAUAAGGGAGGUAUGUGAGGAAUGGAAGCCUCGGCUCUCGCGAGGAUGCUCCCGGCGCUCCCUUCUUCCCGAAGAGGGCCGUCACGUGAUGCGGCCUCACCCAAUCGAAGCGUGGGCCGCGGGGGUCUCCGCGGUUCCCGCCAAAUACGAGCGCGGCGGCCGCGGCAGCAGCGGCGCGGGCGCGAGGGCGAGCAGCAGCGGCCGCCGGAGCUGAGCCGGCGCCUCCGCCGCCUGAGGGAAGCUCGAGACGCCGCCGGGGCAAUGUUGGAAGAGCCGGAGUGCGGGGCGCCGGGCGCCCGAGCAGCGGCCACAGCCAUGGAUUGCAAAGACAGACCAGCUUUUCCAGUCAAGAAGUUAAUACAAGCGCGUCUGCCAUUCAAACGCCUGAGUCUUGUCACAAAGGAGAAGACUGACGACGGGUUGGAGGACACGAGGGGCUCUCAGAGCACCUCUGUGCAGAGUCAAGACCCCGACUUAGAAACCUCUUUGGACCACUUGGAGAACGGCUGUCAUAUGGGUUCUGACAUAGAUUUUAGGCCAAAACUUGCCAAUGGGAAGGGUCCCUUAGAUAACUUUUUAAGAAGUCAAGUCGAAAACGAUAUUGGCCAGAACAUGGUCAUAAUCGAUUUGAUGGAGGACUUGAGUGACCUAACCGACAGCAACAUGGGCCACAAUAAACCAAAUUCUGCCGCCUCUCUCUCUCAGAAGAAUGUAAAUGGGGUCACAGAAGAAGCUGGAGGUGAGAGGGGGCUGCCGAAGGCCAGUCAGAAGGACAACCUGGCGUUUCCUGAAGAGGCCCUUUCAGACAUUCCAUGCAAAGUGGAGGAGAGAGGUGCUGAGUCAGGGAGUGCAGAGAGGAGUGGACUGGAGCAGAAGGGCCUGCCCCAAAGCUGCCCUGAGCUGAGAGGCGGCCUGAGAACGUGCUCCAGGCAGGACCAGGACAGGUGGAGCGAAGCCAGGGGCAUCCUGUUCAAAGGGAAGGUGCCUGUGGUUGUCCUGCAGGAUAUCCUGGCUGCCAGACCCCGAGCCAGGUCUCCUCCCACCACCUCUCUGGGCCAGGGCAUGCCCUCCGAGAGCGAGACGCUGGGGUCCAGCCCCGAAGAGGACUCUGUCCUGAGCCAUUCAUCCCUGAGCUCCUCCUCUCCUACCAGCUCACCCGAGGGGCAGUCUGCUCCUGCAAAGCAGCGCAACAGCCCCAGCCCCUUUCCCACCUCCACAGCAGCCCACAGAAUAAGUAAGAAAUUGGUCAAAGACUCUGCAGAGAAGAACAAGAUGAGAUUGCAAAGAGACAAGGAGCGCCUGGGCAAGCAGCUGAAGCUCCGGGCCGAGAAGGAGGAGAAGGAGAAGCUGAGGGAGGAGGCCAAGCGGGCCAAGGAGGAAGCCAGGAAGAAGAAGGAGGAAGAGAAGGAGCUGAAGGAGAGGGAGCGGCGGGAGAAGCGGGAGAAGGACGAGAAGGAGAAGGCGGAAAAGCAGCGGCGCAAGGAGGCGCGGCGCAAGGAGCGCCAGGAGGCCCUGGAGGCUAAGCUGGAGGAGAAGCGGAAGAAAGAAGAGGAGAAACGGUUGCGAGAGGAAGAAAAGCGCAUUAAAGCAGAGAAGGCUGAAAUCACGAGGUUCUUUCAGAAACCAAAGACUCCACAGGCCCCCAAGACCCUGGCUGGUUCCUGUGGGAAGUUUGCCCCUUUUGAAAUUAAAGAGCACAUGGUCCUCGCCCCUCGCUGUCGGACUCCCUUCGACCAAGACCUCUGUGAUCGGUUAGACCACCUCCUCCAGCAGCAGAGCAGCGAAUUCUCCUUCCUGAAAGAUCUGAAAGGCCGGCGGCCCCUCAGGUCUGGACCCACCAUGGUUUCUAACCGGAACACAGACCUUUUUAACAGCGACAUGGUGAUCGUGGAGAGCAGCAAAGUGGAUGGUGUUCCUGAAAGGAGGAAGUUCGGCAGGAUGAAACUCCUGCAGUUUUCCGAGAAUCACCGACCAGCUUACUGGGGGACAUGGAACAAGAAGACGACAGUCAUUCACCCGAAGGACCCCUGGGCCCAGGACAGGGACCUCCUUGACUACGAGGUAGACAGCGAUGAGGAGUGGGAAGAGGAGGAGCCAGGAGAGUCCCUCUCCCACAGUGAAGGGGAUGAUGAUGAUGACGUAGCAGAGGAUGAAGAUGAGGACGAUGGGUUCUUUGUGCCCCAUGGGUACCUGUCUGAGGAUGAAGGGGUAACUGAGGAGUGUGCUGACCCGGAGAACCACAAGGUUCGCCAGAAACUGAAGGCCAAGGAGUGGGACGAGUUUCUGGCCAAAGGGAAGAGGUUCCGGGUGCUCCAGCCUGUAAAGAUCGGCUGCGUCUGGGCGGCCGACAGGGACGGCGGUGCCGACCUGAAGGUGCUGCAGCAGUUCACGGCGUGCCUGCUGGAGACCGUCCCCUCUGAGGAGGAGCCGACGCCCAAGGCCUCCAAGAGAGAGAGGAGGGACCAGCAGAUCUUGGCCCAGCUGCUCCCAUUGCUGCACGGGAACGUGAACGGGAGCAAGGUCAUCAUCCGGGAGUUCCAGGAGUGCUGCCGCCGAGGACUGCUCAGCAAGGACGCCGGCAGCCCCGAGCGCGGCUCCACCAGCCCCCCAAGCCCUGGCCCUUCCCGCCCCCAGACCCCCACUGCCGGCGAGGACGCCGCCAUCCCCUCCAAGGCCAGGCUCAAGCGGAUUAUUUCCGAGAACUCGGUUUACGAGAAGAGGCCCGAUUACAGGAUGUGCUGGUACGUCCAUCCAGAGGUGCUGAAGAGCUUUGCCCAGGAGCACCUGCCUGUGCCCUGCCAGUGGAGCUACAUCACUGCAGUGCCCUCGGCCACCAGGGAGGACAGUGGCAGUGUCCCCAUCACGGGGCCUGGCCAGGGGAUGCCCAUCUCGCUCAAGAGGAAAUCAGGGGGCAGCAUGUGCAUCACCCAAUUCAUGAAGAAGCGCCGGCACGACGGUCAGGUUGAAGCUGGGGACCUGGAUGGCUUCCAGGCGGACACGGAGGAGGAGGAAGAAGAGGAAGGAGACUGUGUGCUGAUGGACAUCUCGGAUGUUGGGGAGGUCCAGGCCCCGUGCGGAACCACUUCUGGAGCUGGGGGGGCUGUGGGAGUGGACACCAGAGCGAGCCUUGUGCCCUCCAGCUCGCUCGGCCCCUCCUGAGCCCCUGACGGGCCGUGUGUGUACGUGGACUGGUUAGGGCACUCUCGGCGCCUCUCAGAUACUUGAAAGUCCUGACUCCUGUGUAAAGAGCACUUUGUCCUGCUUCGCAGACCUCCCUGGAGGUCUGGAAAGGUUAUAUAGGAUGCUUGAUUAGUUCUUUUUGAUACUUGUAAAGAUUUUCCCCCAAAAGCUGCAUAUUAAUCUGCCUCUUAAUAAAGCAUUAUUGUGAUGUGAUGCCCUGCACGGGGAAAGCCUGGUCGUGCCCUGUGGACCCCUGGCAGAUGCCACGAGGAGAUGCUUGUAAAUGAAUUGAAGCCCGUGGGUGUGGCGUGGUGCCCGGACCGGACGUGGCUGUGUAUAAACUGUCUAGCCCUGA